AAGGUGUAAACAUCUAUAGAAGAAGUUAAGUUUUCGAACAAUUUGGAUAUUUUUUUUACUGACGACGAAGAUUUUUAAGAAACAUUUUAUCAAAAUGAAUAACUACAAAACGUGCCCACUCAAGAAGCGUCCAGUCUUUUACGUUGAACCUGCUGUCGAAAUUGCACAGGACCAGAACGAGCCACAGGAUUUAUCACUCAAGCGCAAGGCCGAAGAUGAGUGUCAGAGCGAAGCCAAACGUAACUUUGCCUUAAAUUUGACCACCAAAUCGGACUUCUACAGCUGCACUCGCCCAGAAUCACCCUCAUGCAGUGAAACAUCGCGGAAUUCCUACAUCGAUAACUCCUACAGCCCACCCAGCUCGGACAGGGAUUACCCGAAUAUCCAUCUCCGCGGUGUCAGCCCAAUCAGCUACAAAAAUGAAUACGUCCAAUAUAACCCCAUGACAGCCGUGUGGAACAACUUCAGCAACUACGGAGUCCCAGCACCAGUUUACAACUACCAUCACAUGACUCCUCCUUCCAGUCCUGGAUCUUCGUCAUCGUUUUCGGAGCCAGAGGAUUUAUCAAUUCGAAAUGACAUUCCACUUCCUGCCCUCUAUCAUGUGUUCUCAGAAGCCCCAACCGCCACAUCUGUCAGCCAGAAAAGCUACCGUUUCAAGUGCGACGUCUGCUCGAAGAUGUACUCAACCUCGAUCGGUCUGGCCAAACACCAGCAAUACCACUGCAACCAGGAGAAGAAACACCAUUCCUGCGAGGAGUGCGGCAAAGUGUACACUACCAUGGGAGCUCUCAAGAUGCACAUUCGUACUCAUACUCUGCCCUGCAAGUGCCCCAUUUGCGGCAAGGCCUUCUCCAGACCAUGGCUGCUACAGGGACACAUCCGGACCCACACCGGCGAGAAGCCAUUCCAAUGUUCCGACUGUAACCGUUCGUUCGCCGAUCGCUCAAAUUUACGAGCUCACCAACAAACUCAUGUGGAUGUCAAGAAAUACGUUUGUAACGUCUGCAAUAAGUCCUUCUCAAGGAUGUCGCUACUCAACAAGCAUGCUAACUCCAAUUGUACAAUUACAAUUGUUUGAGCUUAGUUAUGUAAAGAUGAAAUUCGCGGGGAGGAGAGAGAGGAAGACAAAAAGAAGGAAAAGAAGAAGAAUACAGCUAAAAUACCAAAAAUUAAAUAAGACUUGAAAAAAACCGCUACUACCGAGAAGACUUCUGUGUACAUAACUGAUUGGUGCUAAUUUUUUAAUUUAUUAUUAUUUUAUAAUUUUCAAAAAUAACAAUUUAAAUUAUGUUUAAAAUUAAAAGUUUAAGAACGUGAAAGUUCUAGUCCUGGAUAUUGUUUAUCUUAUAUUUAUUAU